AUGAUUAGAUGUGCAAAGAAAACUAUUCCCCGAGGCAAGACUAAACACUAUCGAGUGUUUUGGUCUAAACACCUUGAGGAACUGAAAAGAAAGAGGGACGCCCUUCGCAACACCGCUGAUCAGACUGGAAGAACGGAUGAUGUACAAGCCCGGAGACGGCCUAUCUCCCUCACAAGCGUGCUGGCUAAACUUAUGGAAAGAAUGGUUAACAGGAGGCUGACCUGUUUCCUUGAUACCAACAAUAUUCUUAGGAGUGGACAAGCAGGUUUAAGGCCACAAAGAUCAACGAACCAACAAGUAGCCACUUUCUCCCAACACAUCAAAGAUGCCCUUGAUGCAAGAAAUACCCUUACGGCUGUUUUCGUCGAUUUCAAAUCAGCAUAUGACUUAGUAUGGAAAGAGAAGCUAAUUCUAAAAUUGGCAAAGAUUGGUAUUAAGCAUAACAUGCUAAACUGGGUAAAAGCAUUCAUUGGACAAAGAUCGUGUAAAGUCAGAUACGAAAAUGCUCUAUCAAAAUCCAAUCUUUUGCAAACAGGCCUUCCACAGGGAGCUGUCACAAGCUGCACUCUUUUCAAUGUCUUCAUCAAUGACACAGUCGAAUUGGUACAGACAGUAACGGGCAUCAAGGGCUUACUUGAUGCAGAUGAUCUUGUUCUAUGGUAUUCCGCUUCUAAGAAAAACGCUCGGGAGAGGACGGAAAGUGCCCUAAAUUGUGCACUUAAAUUACUAGCAAACUUGAUUCCGCCCCUAGGAAAAACGCUCAGAAGAGGACAGAAAGCCCCCAAACUAAGAAAAACGCUAAGGAGAGGACGGAAAGUGCCCUAA